AGGGAGAGACCUGGGAAGUACCUAAGACAAAAGUUACUAGGAUUGCCGGGGGCUUGUCUUCCGGGCAGUGCUGUGCCCAGAAAACUCUCUUCUCCAGCCUACUUCCUCAGAGGAUUUUAAAUCGACCCUGCCACCACCAGCAAGAGUGAGAGGGAGGCCAGAGCUCCUGAGGAAAACCAGAAGGUAGGCACCGCAAGGUGUCCCUCCUGGGGGAAUCCAGGCUUGCUCAGUUGCCUGCAGUGACUAAUAGAAGUCAAGGAAGAUGGACAGUUGUGGAUGAGCCCGUUGAUGUGACAGUUAAUUUAGUGAGCACCUGCCGUGUGCCAAGCAUUCUGACCUUGGCAGACAAGUCUUUGCACUAAUGGAACGCAUGUUCUUAUGGAGAGACAAGCAGUAAACAAGCAAGAAGAAACCUAUCAGCUGGUGGCACAUCACGCUUCCUUGUGUGCUAUCCCGAGUGGACUGCCUCUCUCUCCUCACCCCAGCUCGCCUUCGAGUAGCUGUCACUCCCACUUCACGGAUGGUGCGGCCAGUGUCCCAGGAAAGAGGCCACUUGCUUAACUUCUCCAGGACAGCGAUGGACGGACGAGCAUUCCCACCAGACCCAUGGACUCCCAGCUUUAUUGACAGAUAAUCAGCGUAUAUAACACCGUAUAUGGACGCCGAGAGAGAAGCUCUACAGAGCACCGCCUACCCCAAAGUGCAGAACUUCUGCCAAAGGCACGGUCUGAUGUUCGAGGUUGUCGAUCUCAGGUGGGGUAUUCGGAACACUGAGGCCACUGAGCACAUGACCACAGAACUCUGCUUGGAGGAACUCGACCGGUGUCGGAAAACAUCCACAGGGCCGGCUUUUGUUGCCCUUCUCGGUGACCAGUACGGCCCCUGUCCAGUCCCCACGCUGAUCGAGGAGAAGGAGUGGGAGGCUCUGAGGGCCCAGCUGACCUCCAAGCCACGCGACCUGGAGUUGGUAGCUCAACACUUCCGGAGGGACGAGAACGCCGUGCCCCCCGCCUACCUGCUGCAGGCCCUGGGCACCUCGGAGGCCUGUGGGCCCGAAGAGGCCACGCUGACCUCAGUGCUACGCUCUGGAGCCCAGGAGGCCCGGAGGCUGGGCCUCAUCACCCAGGAGCAGUGGCAUCGCUAUUGCUGGUCAGUCAUCGAGUGGGAGAUAGACCGGGGCCUGUUGAGCUUGACGGAUGGAGACCGGGGGGCAACCAUCUUCUUGAGAGAGAUCCAAGACCUCAACAAACACAUCCUGGAAGACUGCGCCCUCAAGAUGGUAGACCGGCUCCCAGAUGGCUGCCUGGACACAGACGCCCAGAACCUUCUCCGUGGCCUCAAAGGACGCAUUGCCAACGUGCAACCGGGAGUUCUCAGGGCUCACCACCUGCCGUGGAGCCGAGACCUGGUGAACCCUAAAAACAAGGCUCAUGCUCGGUACCUGAGGGAGCUGGGGGAGCAGUUUGCGGCCAGGGCUAGCCACCAGGUCCUGGAGCACCUCCGGGAGCUGGAGGCGGGCAGGCAGGAGUUGGCGUGGCUCUACCAGGAGAUCCGCCACCACCUGGGGCUGAGUGCCGAGGCCAAUCGGACUUUCUGUGGGCGCCAGGAGCUCCUGGCCCAGCUGGGGCAGCGGCUCCAGCAGAGCGACAGCCACCCCCACUCUCCCCUGGUGCUCUUUGGACCCCCAGGCAUCGGAAAGACAGCUCUGAUGUGCAAACUGGCGGAACAAAUGCCAGGCCUGCUUGGCCGCAAGACGGUGACUGUCCUGCGGCUUCUGGGAGCGUCACAGAUGAGCUCCGACGCCCGAGGCCUGCUCCAGAGCAUCUGCGCCCAGGUGUGCCUGGCCUACGGGUUGCCCCUGCCCCCUGCCCAGGUCCUGGAGGCCCACGCGAGGGUGGUCCAGUUUUUCCACACCCUCCUCCACACCGUCUCCUGCCGCAACUUCGAGUCCCUUGUGAUCCUGUUGGAUUCCAUGGACGAUGUGGAUUCCAUCUGCCGCGCCCGGAGGGUCCCCUGGCUGCCUCCCAAAUGCCCCCCGAGGAUCCACCUUAUCCUCUCAGCCUGCUCAGGGCGGCAGGGGAUUCUAGACACCGUGCGACAGACGCUGACGGACCCGGAGGCCUACUGGGAGGUGAAACCCCUCUCCGGAAACCAAGGGCAAGAGAUGAUCCAGCUCCUGCUGGCCGCCUCGAGGAGGACGCUGAGCCCAGGGCAGAGGGAACUGCUCUGGGCCAGCCUCCCAGAGUGCGGGCACCCAGGGCGGCUGAGGCUGGCCUUCGAGGAGGCCCGGAAAUGGGCCUCCUUCACCAUACCUGCCCCCCUGGCCUCCACUGCCAAGGAAGCCAUGCACCAACUGUGUGCCCGCCUGGAGCAGACACACGGGCAGGUCCUGGUGGCCCACGUGCUGGGCUACAUCGCGUCUUCCCGGCAUGGGCUCUCAGAGGCAGAGCUGAAGGACGUCCUGUCCUUGGAUGACGAGGCCCUGCAGGUGGUCUACCGAGACUGGACCCCGCCCAGCAAGGAGCUGCUGCGUUUUCCACCGCUGCUCUGGGUGAGGCUUCGCCGGGAUCUGGACCACUGCUUGGCCCGGCGGCCCGUGGACGGCUUCACGCUCCUGGCCAUUGCCCACAGGCAGCUGGCCGAGGUGGUCCAAGAGCGCUACCUGUCCGGGGUCGAGAGAGCCAAGAGGCAUGGGGUCUUGGCUGACUUCUUCUCAGGGGCCUGGAGCCAGGGCACCAAGAAGCUCAUCACCCUGCCGCUCGUGGGGAAGCCCCUGAACCUGGACCGCAUGGUGGCCCCUCAGCCCCUGUGGUUCUCAGACACGGUCGCAAAUGUGCGGAAGCUGAAGGAGAUGCCUCAUCACCUGGUCCACUCAGGUCGCCUUGAAACGCUGAAGCAGGAAGUUCUGGGCAGCAUGAACUGGAUUUCCUGCCGUGGCCUCUCUGGAGGUAUCGAGAGCCUGUUGGACGACUUUGACCUGUAUGCCCCUUACCUGGACUGUCCGGAGGUCGGCCUGGUCCGGGAAGCCCUCCAGCUGUGCCGCCCGGCCCUGGAGCUCCGAGGCAUGGAGAGGAGCAUCCUAUAUACAGAACUCCUGGCCAGACUCCAUUUCUUCAUGACCUCACAUCCGGUGCUGGUGGGACAGCUGUGCCAACAGGCCCAGAACUGGUUCCGGAUGUGCCCACAUCCUGUGCUGGUACCCCUCACGGGAUUCCUCCAGCCCCCGGGAGGACCCCUCCGGGCAACCCUCACCGGCUGUCACAAGGGCAUCACGGCCAUGGCGUGGAGCGUGGAAGAGAGGCUGCUGGUUGUUGGCACCCAUGAUGGCACCGUGGCUGUGUGGGACACGGAAGAACAUCAGGUGAUCCAUAUGCACAUGGGACACACAGGAGAGGUGAGGUAUGUGAAGGUGUUUGCCAAAGGGACACUUGCCCUCUCUGCCUCAAAGGACCAUACACUGCGCUUGUGGAAUCUACUGACUGGCCAGGAGAAAUUCACCAUUUGGGAUGGAGGCUCAAAGGAUCCCAUGCAACCUGAGACCUGGAGUCUUCACUUGGAUGAAACGAAGAAGGUUGUGUAUUUGGCAUCUGGCUCAAAGGUCAGUGCGUGGCAUCUAGAAACGGCAGAACUGGUUUUCCAGAUCCUGGGAGAUCCCUCUGACUGCUGGGUGUAUGCAGCAGUGCUGGCUUCCCGGGCCAUGCUGCUGACCGUGUCUCAGGGUGGCGUGGCCAGCCUGUGGAGCUCCGCCACAGGAAAGCCGCAGGGGAGGCAACAUUUAUCCAGCAUCAAGGAAGAAACGCCUACCUGUGGGGUCUCCCUCCAGAAGCAGGGGAAGAUGGUCACCGGGUUCAGCAAGGGCUCCGUCUCCUUGAUUUCCCCUGAAGGAGACAGCCUGCUGGAGAAGCUUCCGGAAGCUGUGAGGUUCCUGGUAGUCUCUGAAGAUGAGUCCCUUCUCGCUGCAGGGUUUGGAAGAUCCGUCCGGAUAUUCUUGGCAGACUCACAGGGGUUUCAUCGAUUCAUGGCCACCGACCUUGAACACGAGGACACCGUGGAGACAGCCAGUUUUGGUCCUGAGAACAAUCUGAUUGUCACUGGGUCCCGGGACGCACUCAUUCAGGUGUGGAGUCUGUCGGAGCAGGGGACCCUGCUGGAUGUUCUGGAAGGCGUCGGGGCCCCCGUGAGCCUGUUGGUCUGGGGUGGGGCCUUGGUGGCAUCUGCUUCCCAGCAGUCCUCGUCUUUCAGAGUCUGGGAUCUCACGUCUGUGCGGCAGCCAAGGGCCUCUACCCCGUUUCUGGAUCGCACUGGCCUCACUGCGGUAUCACACGAUGGAAGCUACGUUUACUUCCCCAAGAUUGGGGACAAGAGCAAAGUCACCAUCUGGGACUUAGCAGAAGGUGAGGAGCAGGACGUCCUGGAUGCCUCCAGUGAGGUCAGAUGUCUGGAGGUGGCCCAGCGGGCCAAUCUCCUUUUCACUGGCCUCGUUUCGGGGGUCGUCCUGGUGUUCCCCCUGAAUUCCAGACAGGACGUGAUGUGCAUCCCCCCUCCUGAGGCCCGGAAAGCCAUCAACUGCAUGGCCCUUAGUCAAGGAGAGGAGCGCCUGGCCAUCGCCUAUGACAGCAUCAUCCUGGUGCUGGACAUCAGCCCCGGGGAUCCCUGUCCGGUUGUCGAUGGGCCAACAUACACCUUCUACACCCAGCUGCCCGAGACCAUCUCCAGCGUGGCCGUCCUGGCUGACUGCCGUGUGAUGUACGGCAUGACCGACGGUGACCUCUUCCUUUACGAGUGUGCGAAUUCCAAAGUGUUCCCUCUGGAGGCCCACGGGAGCCGGGUCACCUGUGUGCAGGUCAGCCACAAGGAGCAGCUGGCGGUCAGCGGAUCCGAGGAAGCCCUGCUGUGCCUCUGGGACCUGCAGGCCUGCAAGUGGAGAUUCGAGACGAGCUACACGAAUUCUUACUGUAGAGGAGUCCAGUGUGUCUGCUUCUCCAAGGAUGACAAGUACGUGUAUGCGGGCUUGAAGGAUCGCUCCAUAAUCGUCUGGAGUGUGCUGGAUGGCACCCUGCUGGCUGUCCAGUUUGUCCACGCUGUGGUGAACAGAAUCAUCCCAACUUCCAAUGGCUUCAUCGCCCCCACGAGACACGGCUAUCUCAUCCGGGAGCGUUUCCAGGACCCUUCGUCAAGAGCCUCGCAGCAGGACCCUCUCAAGAACUUCAAGAAGGCAGUGUGGAAGGUCAAAUCCAGGCAGAGAGACGAAGCGGCGGCUGUCGCAGGAGUCCCCCAGGACUCGAGAUCAGCAAGUGCCCAGGGAAAUGCAUGCAAAUUGAACAAACGCUCACAAGUCUGCCUGCUCGUGUAGAACCCCCUCCCCCAUGGGGGCAUGAGACGCCAGUGACUUAGCCCCCCUUCAGUCCAGUUGAAGCAAAGAGAAUGUACGUGUUGAUGUCUAUCCGGACCCAAAGCCCCAGAUUAUAUGACUCAGACCCUGUUUCUCACCA